UUUCAGGUAGUGCGGCUAUAUGCGAAAUCAAGAGAAGCUCUGGACACAAAUGUUGAAUUUCUAGCCCUUCAUGCUCAGCUGAAAGCUUUGAAAGAAUCUGCAGAACUGCAGAAGCUGCAGCAGCUGAAGGAAGAAAUUGGAGAGUUGUCUGCGGCUGACCAGGAGCGCUAUAUAAACCUUAAGAAAAUGAGCGAACAUAAAUUACUUGCAGCUGCGGAUGUUAUCUGUUGCACAUGUUCGUCAGCUGCCGAUGCACGUUUAUCUAGGAUAAAAAUCAAGUACAGUCCUCUCCUCACUAUGUGUGUAUUGGUAGAUGAGUCUACACAAGCAACAGAACCCGAGGUCCUUGUUUCGAUUGUUCGUGGUGUGCGACAGCUAAUUCUAGUCGGGGAUCAUUGCCAGCUGGGGCCAGUUAUCCUUUGUAAGAAGGCUUCAAAGGCCGGAUUAUCUCAGUCACUGUUUGAGCGUUUAGUUCUGCUUGGAAAUCGACCUAUUCGCCUUCAAGUAAUUUUUGAUACUGUUGGCUGUUCUGCGCUAACUACUGUGCAAUAUCGUAUGCAUCCUGAGCUGUCAUCUUUCCCGAGUAAUGUGUUCUAUGAAGGCAGUCUCCAAAAUGGGGUUACUCAAACCGAACGUCAACUCCGUGGUGUAGAUUGGGAAUGGCCAGUUCCUGGGCGACCAAUGAUUUUCUGGUCAUGCUAUGGUCAGGAAGAAAUGAGUGCUAGUGGAACUUCAUUUCUAAACAGAACUGAAGCGGCGAAUGUCGAGAAACUUGCUAGUAAAUUGAUAAGGGGAGGUAUGCGCCCUGAGCAAAUUGGAAUUAUAACCCCCUAUGAAGGACAACGUUCAUACAUAGUACAAUACAUGCACACACAAGGCACUCUCAAUAGCAAACUCUAUGAAAACAUGGAAAUUGCUAACGUUGAUGCUUUUCAAGGACGUGAGAAAGACUUAAUUAUUGUAACAUGCGUAAGAUCUAAUGAUCACUCCGGCAUUGGCUUCCUCAAUGAUCCGCGCCGUUUGAACGUUGCUUUGACUAGGGCAAAGUAUGGUCUGAUAAUUAUCGGAAAUGCCAAGGUAUUAGCGCGGCAGCCAUUGUGGAAUGACCUUUUAACAACGUUCAAUCAGAAGAAUGUAAUUGUCGAAGGACCUAUCAAUAAUCUCAAAUCAGUACAAGUCACCCUACCAAAACCCAAGCCACAACGGACGAAUCCGGCUUAUCCGACUGAUCGAUAUGGCAUUCAACGAGCAACAUACACUUUGCGCGAAUAUCGUGGUGGUUAUGCAAGAGAAAUGCCACCAAUGGAUCCUCAUUCUGCUAUAUCUGCUCAAUCUCUGCGUCAUGCUGCAAAUCUCCCUGUUCCUUUGCAUAUGUUGCAAAUGUUCCCUCCACCGCCAUUCCCCCAGCAACCACAGCAACAAAGAUUUCCCUCUGGGCGACGGAAUGCUCCUGCUUGGCCCCCUACUCCUCAAGCAAUGGGUGGUCCCUCAUUUCGUAUGGGACAGUCGCAAAAUGACUACGGAGGGAUGUAUGCAUCCCAAGCUUCUCAAGAUCCUUUGGUCGGUGUUGAUGCUUAUGGAGAUGUGUCCAUAUCUGGUUGGACGCAGUCACAAUCUCAGAAUGUGCCAUCAAUCUCAAUGCAAUCACAGCGACCGGUGACAGCGGUUUCCCAGCAGGAUGACUACCGACAUAUGGCGUUCAGUCAGGAUAUUGAAAAUGAUAUGGCCAACCUGCUGCUCUCACAGGGACCUUGA